AUGUCUUUCUGCCCGUCCGAGCCUGUGGAAUUCCCCGAUCCAAACUGGGACAAUCCGGACCUUUGGUGUUGGAGAGAAACACCGGUGCCCUACGACCCGUUCUGGGGAUCUGGACCGCGGAUGCGCCUCGACUGGCUGGGGGUUCCGGAGCCGAUCGUGCAAGAUGUCGCCCUUCUUGCCCACUGGGCCGCCUACGUUGUCAGGUGGGAGGCGUCCUCCAUGCCGCCUCCGCACUUCUUGAAGUGGCUCCCGAAGCCAUAUCGCUUCCUUCCACUCAGCUCGAACGUCGGAUCCAUGGUCCGUCACAACGACUUCACAGAGCGAGUUGCCCAGCAGCUCUAUGGCGUAUUCCCCCGCUGCGGGAUCUGGCUGCAAAUGGCAGACGGCAGAUCUCGGAGCCACUUUGACGACCCGUUCACCGUCAACGGAUUGACUGUCCUAUUUCUGGCGUGCAGCAUGAUCUUCGACCCGGUCGCGUGCUCCAAGCUGCUCCAGAUGCCCAGCGUAGGACUCGUGAUUCUGAAGGACCUCGGGAAGAAUGGUUUGGGGCCCUUCUGCCAGGAAACCGUUAAGCCGAUCAUCGAGCCUCUGUUGGAUGCAAUGUACUUCGGGAAGUCAAACUUGACGAUGCGCGCUUGGGGCCAGCGCUUAUCAUUGCUCCUUUCUAUGCACGUCUGUCGACACGACGGAGCGCUUGCAAAAUGGGAGCAAACCGACUACAUCGAAUCGCUUCUGCUGGACGUCCUGAAGCUAGGCCCAUCGCGACUUCCCAACAUCCCGAUUGAGUACGAGGCAGCGGCCGUCGGCUUCUUCUGCGGUUCCGCCGUUGGGACACUUGUUCAGCAUCUAGCAAAACAGAUCACUGCGGCGGAAGCACGAGCCACGGAGCUGAAAGCAAGGGUGGCGCUGUCGGCGGAGUGGGGCCAAAAUCUCAUCAACGUCGGCGAGACGGUAGCUCCUCUUGCUGUGGGAACAGGGGGCCCGAGUGCCACGCCCUUCUCCUUGUCGGAAACGCAGACAUGGCUACAAAGCAAGAUCGACGAUCGAAUGUCUUCUGAGACCAGAGCUCUGAGGAACGCCUGUGAGGAGAUCUUAGCUCUGGCCGAUGAGCGCACCCGGAGAUUCAGGUUGCAAUUCUGUGGGGAAGUCGAUCUCGCCCCCUUCCUCGCUCAAGCUUCUCAAGCCCUUAUGCUAGCGUUGACCGCCGACCCCCAAACCCACUUCGAAAGAUCUCGCAACGCCCCUUUCUCAAUGCCACGAUCCCUGCUUCUUAUGGAAUGCCCUGCUGAGUUUUAUGGGGGGAUUGGGGACAACUUCUGGAGAGGGCUGUUCGAACAAGACCUGAGUCUCGUUGAUAGGAGGCGCUUAGAGUUCGUGUAUCAGUAA